AUGAAAUACGUUCAAGAAAUUGUUACAAAAGAUCUUUGUGAAAUAAUAAUAAAAGAUCUCAUUGAAAUUGGCGUUGAUGGAUCAAUAAUAUUAAACUCAAUACUAACACAAGUUGAUGAUAAAAAAACAACAUUUGAUAAUGCAAAAACAAUGAUAAGAGUAUUGUAUGAAAUAUUGUCAAAUUAUUCAUGGGACAAUAGUGAAAAAACAAUAAAUUCAAUUGAAAAAUUAUUAACAAUUUAUCACAGUAGUAUAAAUUUAAAUAAUAAAAAUAAUAAAAAACAUGCUACACUAAAAAAAGGUCUUGAAUUAUGUAUUCGUAAUACAAUUGAUAAUCUUCAAAAUGACAAUAUUUUACCAAUAAUAUAUCGCAUGUGUUGUUGGACAAUUGAAGAUAACAUCAACAACGAAAUAAUUCAUGAUUUUGCAAGACCACUUGAAUACGCAGCAAGCAUUUACAAAACAAGCUUAUUAAUUAAAACAUUUGAUGAUAAAUUAUUGCCUCUUUUAAUGAAAAUGAUAUCAUCAAAUAAUAGAUUAAUAAGUCUGCUGGGUAAUCGUGUUAUUCAAUGUUUAAUUGAUAGAAAUAAGAAUCGUCAGCAAUUCGAAAAACCAAGAACAUUUUUCAAGAAUAUAAAUUACAAAAUAACAUUAAAUAAUUAUAACAAAAAUGAUGAGUUAUUUUAUAAAUUAAAUCGUCAAAUAUUUCACGAUAGUUUUGUCAACAGUUUGAUGUAUCAUACAUCAAAGUUAAGUCUAGAAGCAACAUACUGUUCAAUAUGUUUAUUGGCUGUUGAAAUACCAUGUGGUUUUACAGCAGCUUCUUUGACUUGUCUCAUUAUGAAUUUUCAAGAUUUAAUGAUUGAUCAGCAUGUUAAUAUUAAACGAGAAAUAACAUAUCAUGUUCAUGCAAUGGUUAUGUCUUUGAUGACACUAAUAUGCUGGAUUCAUAAAGCUCAAGUAUUUUAUUCAUAUGUUGAUAAAAUCAUGAUGAAACGAGCACAAUAUGCACCACAUUUAAAUCCUCCUCUACUGGCUGAAUAUGAUUUUGCAAUACUCUAUGUACUUUGGGAUAAACCAGAAUUAUUUUUUGUCGAUUGGGAAGUUAGAUAUGGCUUGUGGAAAUGUUUUCGUUCAUCAUCAUCGUCUGAAUAAAUUUUACAACAACACGAGUUAUAUAAUUGUCAUCAGUAUUUUUAUA